UGUCUCCUCCGCGGCUGCUGCUCUUCGCUUCUGUCCGGUUCCGUUCGGUCAUGGCUUUUCCUCAGAGUUUCCUCUUCCAGCCCUCCGUGUCUCUGGCUCUUCACUCCUCUCCUCCUUCUUCUUCUUCUUCUUCUUCCUCCUCCUCCUCCUCCUCUUCCUCCUGCGCCUCCUUCAGCUCCGGGCUCUUCUUAGGACCGAGGAGGACGGAGCAGCUCGGCCGGUCCUCUUCGGGCUCCGCCUUCGCUCCGUACGCGGCGUCGGCGGCUGUUUCCCCGGGUUUCACCUCACACCUGCCGUUCAGCCCCGGAGGAGGCGGAGGAGGCGGAGGAGGAGGAGAACCGCGGCCCGCCGCCCUCAACCCUUUUAUGACUCCAGGUUAUGACCCGUCCUCCACCAUCUCCGUGUCUUUGGACUACCACCCGUUCGGGCCCCUGGGGGCGUACCCAUACGGAGACCCCGCCUACAGGAAGAACGCCACGCGAGACGCCACGGCCACGCUGAAGGCCUGGCUCGGCGAGCACCGGAAGAACCCGUAUCCCACCAAAGGCGAGAAGAUCAUGCUGGCCAUCAUCACCAAGAUGAGCCUGACGCAGGUGUCCACGUGGUUCGCCAACGCUCGCCGCCGCCUGAAGAAAGAGAACAAGAUGACGUGGACGCCCAGGAACCGCAGCGAGGACGAGGACGAGGAGGACAACAUCGAGCUGGAGAGACAUGAGGAGGACGAGGAGGCGAUGAAGACGAGCAGGGAAGAGACGAAGAUGAAGAGAGAUGAGGCCGCAGGAGACUCCUGUGCUCUGAUGAUCGACGGCAGCAGAAGUGCUGACGCUGACCUCAGCUUCACUUGUCCAGACUUCGCAGAGUCUGUGGACAGGAGACCGCCCCACAUCCCAGGCUCCGCCUCCACAGAGGCCCCUCCUCCAAACAUCACACUCGGUACACUGGACUGCACGAGUCCAACGUCUAAGACGCGUCCAGACUCGUGUGGUGCCAUCCAGGGUCCAAAACCCAAACUGUGGUCGCUCGCUGAGAUCGCCACGUCUUCUGACAAAACAAAAGGAUAUAAUGACUCGUCACAGAGCGGGGGCGCCAGAGAGCAGGAGGCCACCCUCACGCCACGGACCCUGUUCACCCACAGCCCCGCCCUGCACCGACACCUGUACUACACCUCCCCUUUUAGCCCAGGAUUCUCUAACUCCCGCCCCCUGGGGGCGCUGGACGGCAUAAACGGAUUACAGCAGACGAUGCUGCAGCACGCCGAGUUCAUGGCGAGAGACUGUAAACGCCGCAGCGAGAAUCAGCUGGAGCUGCACGAACUCACGAAGGGCAUGACACACGUGUAGAGAGCGACCUUUAAACACAUUUAUUCAAUGGACUGAAGUGAGGAAUUGUGGGAUUUUUUAUUUUUUUGUGACACUUCCUGGAUGUUGAAGAAAAAAAAAACAUAUUUAAACAAAGGACGAAAUAUUCACUUUGACACGUUGACUGUUUUUUCUAUGUUGGUGAGAUGUUAACGUUUGUUCUGCACAAAACACGAGGAAUCAUUAAAAAGAACGUUUUACUGAAA